GAGAGGCCCAUGGAUGCCCAGGGCCCCUUGGGGCUUUGACCCCAUGCUCUCCCGACUCGGUCAUGACGUCCUGCACUGCCCACGGCGCCCAGGCGCGGACUGCACUCUGGCAGGCUCACCCAGACCCCUGCACGUCCCGUGGUCACAGCAGAUGAGUGGCAGCCUCGAGGGGCCAACUCUGAAACGGCGUGGUGGAGUGGUGGACCACCGGGAUGUCAUCUUGGCCCACCAGGCACACAAAAUGCACAGCACCCCUCAGGCCAGAAGGAAAGAGUGGGAAAUGGCCCGCUUUGGAGACGAGAUGCCGGGCCGCUACGGCGCAGGCGGAGGAGGCUCAGGGCCGGCCGCCGGGGUGGUCGUGGGCGCCGCGGGCGGCCGAGGAGCCGGGGGCAGCCGGCAGGGCGGGCAGCCCGGAGCGCAGAGGAUGUACAAGCAGUCGAUGGCGCAGAGAGCGCGAACCAUGGCCCUCUACAACCCAAUCCCCGUCCGCCAGAACUGCCUCACGGUCAACCGCUCCCUGUUCCUCUUCAGUGAAGACAAUGUGGUGAGAAAAUACGCCAAAAAGAUCACGGAAUGGCCAUAUCCUUUGCCCCAGCCCGGGCGGCUGCCCUUCCAACAGGAAGCAGAGGAGUUGGGGAGUCCUGCUGUCCUCAGCUCAGCCCUGUCCAUCCUGGACGCUGCAGCUCUGAGAGCUGGAGGUGGUGGCCCCUCACAAGAGGCGUAG